ACAACAAGCAAACUAAAACCCAAAGAAAACCCUCGUCUCGACGGUCCGCCUCAUUCUCUCUCUCUCCGUCGUCUCACCACACUGUGAGUGACAACCAAAGAAACCCUCUUUCUUUCAGGCACUUUCGGGAAGGGAUCAUAUACAACCGGAGUAUUUUGCACUGGUGGUCCCUGUUUUAUAGCGUGCGGCCACUGAUAUGUCAUUUACUGAUUCAUUCCUUGAUUUCGAAGCGAUAAAGGAUUGGUUUGAUAAUAACACAAACGCGGAUAUGGCCGAUAGGGAAAAGGUUAAUAUUGGUGUUAAUGAAGCAGAUUCUUGUUGCAAAACUGGAGUUCAAGAACAUUUAAGUCAUGGGUCAGCCUCGAUGGAAAUUGGGUUUAUGCCAAUUGUUGAUGUGUCUGGACCAAUUGAUAUUGGAUCCGAUUCUGUUGUGAAGUUGGAAGAAGGGGGAUGUGAGAUGUUAGAGAAUGCAAGUUGUUCAAUUGAGGAUGAGAUUGGGAAGGUUAGUUUGGUUUGCGAGUCCGGAAAAUUAGUUGGUACGGAUGAGACAAGCACAAAGUGUGAAGCAACAGAUGGGAAUAGUGUAAAAUGUGAAACUGUGAUCGAUGAGGAUGGGAGUGACAUUUCAGAGUCUGAGCGUGCAAGUACGUCUUCAUCAUCGUCGUCAUCUUCUUCUAGUUCUAGCUCUAGUGAUGAUGAUGUGGAAGAGGAUGAAGAGGACGAGGAGGAGGAGAUGAAGGUGGAUGUUAGGAGAAAGUUAAAUGAGACAGGUGAGGUAGAAGAAGGUGAAAUAAGGGAUGUCAAUCCACGGGACGUAGCAAGCCUGACCAAUGAUGAUGAUGACGACAACGGUGAUGUAGAGGCAAUGGUUGGUUGGAGUGAUAUUGAUGUUGCUGAUGAUGAAGAGGAUGGUGGUGGUGCUAUGAAUGGACCCAUUACAUCCAAGAAUGAGUUUAAGCAUCUCCCUCCAGUUCCUUCCGUGGAAGCUACCUUGCUACCACAUCAUCAGAUGUUGCCUGUGGGAGUUGUUUUAUCGGUCAUUGGUACUCAAGUCAUUGUAGAAGGGGUUGAGAAGCAUAACCCUCUAAACGAUGGUUCUAUUCUAUGGAUAACCGAAGGCAAAUCUCCAUUAGGGUUGGUUGAUGAAAUCUUUGGGCCUGUCAAACAUCCAUACUAUAUAGUGAGAUACAAUUCCGAAAGUGAAGUCCCUUCUGGGAUACAUACAGGCACUUCAAUCUCUUUUGUUCCAGAGUUUGCUAGCCACGUGCUCAAUAACAACAAUGUUUACAAGAAAGGUUAUGAUGCAUCUGGGGAAAAUGAUGAAGAGUUGUCUUAUGAAGAAGAGUUUUCUGAUGAUGAGAAAGAGGCCGAGUACAAGAGAAUGCAAAAAAUGACAAAAAGAGGCGGAAACAACCCGAAACCUAGAAAUAAUAAGAACAAUAAAAAGAAUGUCAAAAACCGAGUUGAGCCAUGGAAAAAGGGUAAACAGUCACCCCAGGAAACACCAACAGAUCUAGGUCCUGCUCCACCCAAUCAACACCAGCGUCAUUUCUCACCUCUCCCAGCAAUGGUUGACCACGGUAAUGGUUCAAACUGUUUCCCAGUUGGACAAGGUUUGGUUAGUGGGACAGGUUUAGUUCAACCACUUCCACCCAUUGCACAGACAGCUUGUUUUAAUGCACCUUCAAAUGGAGUUUGGGCAAGCGGACUGCCAUUUCAACAGCCACAAGGUGCUCUGUUUCCUAGUGGCUUUCCACCGACUGGCGUGCCUUGGCUUUCACAGAACUCUCAGCAUUAUCCCUUUCAGAUGCCUUUUCCGAAUAUGAUGCCUUUUCGACAGGUCAAUCCUCGCCAGGGAUUACUUUAUCCUUCCGUGUUUCCAGGUGCACAAUCAAAUGCUUUACCAGGAUCCACAUUUCCGCAAGGCCUUGUGGGUCCAAAUGCCUUCAACCCAGUGGCAUUUGGGAUUGGUUUACAAGGCCAACCUUCUCAGCCAACCUUAAAUGUUGGAGAACAGGGAGUUGUUCCUAAUGGUUUACCCAUGGGACAGAACACUAACUUGCCAGUGCCACAAUCUGGAGGCAUUCCAUUAAAUAAUGAGGCAUCUCAGCAAUUCAAUCUGGGUGCUUCCAGUCAUGGAAGAGGACCAUACCGUCGAGGAGGUGGUCGUUUUUCAGGCAGAGGAGGACGGAAGCAAUCUGGGUGAACGUUAUCUUGUAUUCUGCCUCAUGUUUUGUAUUUAACUUGUAAUAGGCUAUGAGUGAAGCUGUUGCAUUUCGAAGUUUCUUUGUUUCUAGUAAGCAGUUUUGGAUUCAGUAGUCUGCCUUUUAGAAGGCAAACAUCCCGUCGUUUUUUGGUUCCAUACAUGGAUGCAUGUAGAUGGUGAUCGUGUUCUCUCAAUGGCAAUGUAGAGAUAAUGUUAUAACCUUCCGUUUUCUUUCUUGCAAGUUCGUUUGUGCAUUUCUUUUCUGGUAUUUCUAGGCAACACCUUUGGAUAUAAAGAUUGAUGCAAAUUUGUACCUUUUGAUGGAAUGUUGUCCGUGACUUUGUGAAAGGAGGAAAUGCUUUCAGGAACGAAUUCCAUGCUCUGUUAAACUA